AUGAGCUCCUUGAUAUGGAGUGGAAAUUUUUGGCUGCCCCCAAAUAUAACUUGGGACGUAAUCGAAAAAGUCAAUUCAGUUGGUGUUGCACCAACAUUAGGAAAAUCCACAGAUUGUUUGUAUGUAGUGGCAUUUCUUACGGCUAUUCGUCAUUACCUGAAACAGUUUGUGUUUAUUCCGCAUGGUUUAUCAAUGGGUUUACAAAUUCCCAAACCUAUCAGUGUACCCAAUAUACCAAUUUUGGAGGAAAUAUUCGUCAAAGAAAAGAAACCAUCCAACUCACGCAUAAAGGAACUUUCAAUCUCCCUAGAUUUAAGUGAACGCAUGAUUGAAGUAUGGUUCAGAAAGAGGCGAAAUCGUGAGAAGUCUCCAGUUAUCGUAAAGUUUGUGGAAUCUGAAUGGAAACUGAGUUACUACACUACGAUGUUUUUUUAUGGAUUAAUUUCAUUAUACCAAAAGCCGUACUUGUGGGAUGUAAAAGAGGCCAUGGCUAAUUACCCGUACUAUGUAAUGCCUCCAGAAAUUCAUUGGUAUUAUAUGAUACAUCUUGGAUACUAUACAGCUUCUUUAUUGUGGAUAUUCUAUGAAGUCAAACGAUCAGAUUUCAAAGUUCUUCUUGGACAUCAUAUUGCGACUGUAUCAUUACUAGCCUUUUCAUAUAUUACUAAUCAUCAUCGAAUUGGUUCACUUAUUCUUUUACUGCAUGAUAUUGCAGAUUGUUGGAUGGAGGCAGCUAAAAUAUGCAAAUAUGUUAAAAAGCAUACAGCUUCAGAGGUAUUAUUCAUUAUUUUUGUAAUCAUUUGGAUUCUGACAAGAUUAACUUACUUUCCAUUCUGGGUGUUAUGGGCAGUCCAUAAAUUUGGCACUCUUAUACGUGGUGCAUAUCCAGCCCAUUGUAUUAUGGUUGGAUUUCUUUUGGUUCUACAAGCUUUACACAUAUAUUGGUUUUACUUAAUUGUCAAGAUUGCAGUGCAGUUGAAAUCACAGGGAUGUAAUGCUAAAGAUUGCCGUAGUGAAAGUGAACUCUCGGAUACAUCAGAUCAACAGAUAAAUUUUGAUAAAUUUCAAGAAAAGAAUCAUAUUAAAAAUUGUAAUCAUAUCGAUUAUACUUUAUCAGGGAAAAUUACUACUGAAGUUGAUAACAGUGAAUUGAAUCAUAUACUACAUCAGCGUUUCAGUAAUCAUAAUUUAUCAAAUAAUGGAUUAAAAUGA